AUGGCGGAGGCGCUGCUACAGGCGCACGACGUGGUGGCGCACGAGGUGUACGGGGAGGACGCGCUGCGCGUCACGCCGCCGCCGCUGCUGCCCUAUCUCAACGGCGGCGACGACCUGGACGGCCCCAAUGGCGACAUCGACAUGGAGAACGUGACGCGCGUCCGGCUCGUCCAGUUCCAGAAGAAUACGGACGAGCCCAUGGGUAUAACGCUGAAGAUGAAUGAAGAGGGAAAGUGUAUCGUGGCUCGUAUUAUGCAUGGAGGCAUGAUACACCGACAGGCCACUCUUCACGUAGGCGAUGAAAUCAGAGAAAUCAACGGAAUUCCUGUUGCCAACCAGUCGGUCAACGCCUUACAGAAGAUACUGAGAGAAGCACGAGGAUCAGUCACCUUCAAAAUUGUUCCAUCAUACAGGAGUGCUCCACCGCCCUGUGAGAUUUUUGUUCGUGCACAGUUUGAUUAUGACCCGUUGGAUGAUGACCUGAUACCUUGCGCACAGGCUGGUAUACCUUUCAAAACAGGAGACAUCCUGCAAAUAAUAAGCAAGGAUGAUCACAAUUGGUGGCAAGCAAGGAAAGACAAUGCUGCUGGCUCUGCUGGUCUUAUUCCUUCACCAGAACUCCAGGAAUGGAGAACGGCCUGCAUGGCGAUGGAAAAGAGUAAACAGGAACAAGUGAAUUGCUCAAUAUUUGGCCGCAAGAAAAAGCAAUACAAGGACAAAUACCUUGCCAAGCAUAAUGCAGUGUUUGACCAAUUAGAUUUGGUUACCUAUGAAGAAGUUGUUAAACUACCAUCAUUCCAGAGGAAGACGCUGGUUCUCUUAGGUGCACAUGGUGUUGGAAGAAGGCAUAUAAAAAAUACACUAAUAGCAAAAAACCCUGACAAAUAUGCAUACCCAAUUCCACAUACGACGAGGCCACCAAGAAAUGACGAAGAAAAUGGUAGAAAUUAUUACUUUGUGUCACAUGAUGAAAUGAUGGCAGACAUAGCAGCAAAUGAA